AUGGGCUUCUGGAAGUUCCCCCUGUUCCUGGUCCUCAGCAUUCUGGUCCUGAACCAGGCAGGUAUGCUCCAGGCAGCGCCAUUCAGGUGGGCCUUGGAGAAUGGGUUUGAUCCUGCUACACUCACCAAUAAGGAAAUGCGCCUCCUACUGGCUGCAAUGAUGAACGAUUAUGUGUAGAUGAAGGCCUGUGAGCUGAAGCAAGAGACAGGAGGGCUUCAGAAGAGAUCCUGUAACACUGCGACCUGUGUGACCCAUAAGAUGGCGGGCUGGCUGAGCAGGUCUGAGAGUGUGGUUAAGAACAGCUUCACGCCCACCAACGUGGGCUCCAAAGCCUUUGGCUGGCACCGCAGCGACCUUCAGGCCUGA